UCCUCCACCAUCAAUUCAGUGAUUUCCGUAUCCUCUUUUCCUUUCUUCUCCGUGGAAAUUCUGCUCACCUACAGCCGAGGUUGUUGAGAGUCAACCCGUGUCUAACUUUGAUCUCCGGUCAACCUCACCGUUUUACGCCACCGUCAUUCCCUCCUCGACCGAGCUCUGAAGCAAGUAAGCAACGCCGACUUUUCCGAUCCUUUUCCUCGGAAAAUCAGUGAGCCGGGUGAUCUUUUACAGACAGGUGGAUAGUCAGAGUAUCGACGGACAAAUUUCUCUACCGGCGAGUGGUGGCCACGAAAUGGGGGCGGAGUCGGUUCCUGGCGUCGGAGAUACGCUGACAGACUGUCAAGGUGCUUCGUUGUCGCUUCCGCUGGCGGCUUACGACGAGUCGAGUGCCGCUGUAAGGGUGCAGAAGGUGUAUAAGAGUUAUCGCACCAGGCGUCGGCUAGCCGACUCGGCUGUGGUUGUUGAAGAGCUAUGGUGGCGGGCCAUAGAAUUUGCCAGACUGAAUCGCAGUACAAUUUCCUUCUUUAAUUUUUCGAAACCUGAAACAGCGGCUUCUAGGUGGUAUCGGAUUACCUUGAACGCUUCCAAGGUGGGAAAGGGCUUGGGCAGAGACGCUAAGGCACAACAAUUGGCUUUUCAGCAUUGGAUUGAAGCUAUUGAUGCACGGCAUCGCUAUGGCCAUAACUUGCAUACUUACUUCCUUGAAUGGUAUAAAAAUGAUGCUGGGCAGCCCUUUUUCUUCUGGUUGGAUCUAGGUGCUGGAAAAGAGAUUGAUCUCGAAGAAUGCCCAAGAUCAAAGCUUCGACAACAAUGCAUCAAGUAUCUUGGCCCGCAAGAGAGGGAACAUUAUGAAUACAUUGUUGAUGAAGGACAGAUUAAACAUAAACAAACUAAAGAACUCCUUGAUACAAUCAAUGUAUCUAAAGAAGGAAAAUGGAUGUUUGUUAUGAGCACCUCUAAGCAACUCUAUGUCGCUGAGAAGAAGAAAGGGUUGUUUCAUCACUCCAGCUUCUUGGCUGGGGGAGCUACAUUAGCUGCAGGAAGGCUAGAAGUAGAGCAGGGAAUUGUUAAAUCUAUUUCUGCACAUAGUGGACAUUACAAGCCUGACAGCCUUGACAAUUUCCUAUCCUUCCUCAAGGAGAAAGGGGUGAACAUAAAUGAAGUUAAGAUAUGCAAAACAACGGAUGAUUCUAAUAGCUGCUGUGGUGGCAAAUCCAAUGGACUUGGAAUUUUAUCGGAAAUUUUUACAAACUCAGAUCUUCAUGAACUUGAAAUUCCAGCUGAAGAGAAGACUGCACCCCCAGAGUCACUCGAAAAUGACCAAACAGGGACCAGGACUACUUACAAAAGGACUCUAUCUGGAGGUCUUAAGAGCCCAAGGGCUGAGGUGCCCAAAACUUCUAUAUUAAAGAGGAUUAACUCUAAGGAGGCAGCAAAAUCAUUCCAAUUAGGACAUCAGCUCUCAAGCAAGUGGACAAGUGGAGCUGGCCCAAGGAUUGGAUGUGUUGCAGACUACCCCCUAGAACUCAGACAACAGGCACUAGAGUUUGUCAACCUAUCUCCAUGAACUCCCCAUUCCCCUCGGACACCAUCAGCCUCAAGGCGCAUGGGUGGCCUUGCAUCACUUUCAGCUGAACCCAAUUUGGAUGUUUAUGGCCAAGACGCUGAUGGAACCUCUGGUGUCUGAGUAUCCUGAAUCAGCAUCUAGUUUUGUGCUUCUACCCUAGUGGAUGCAUUAGUGAAAUGUAUAUAUCUAGUAUGCUCUUUAUUUAUGCCACUUGAACCAGUCUAGAAGAUAAGUAUCUAGUCACUUAGCUGGUGGCUUCCCACCUUCAGGUUUUGUCUCCUCUUUUUUCCGUUAAACAUCUCCCUUGAUAAUAAGGUUAAGCUAGUUAUCAAAAUAUUUAGAAAUCAAAUUUCUGAGCUGUU